AUGGCUGUUCCGUUGGGACAGGUUAUCUACUCGGCAGUCAAGCCCAUCUUCAAAAUCUACUUCAUCAUUGGGAUUGGAUUUUUCCUUGCCCGAAAAAACAUCCUUACUGUCUCCACAUGCAGAGAUAUAUCAGAUGCCAUCGUGACAGCUAUUAUGCCAUGUUUGAUCUUUGACAAUAUCGUAACUAAUAUCGAGAGUUCAGACAUCAAAAACAUUGGCGUUAUCUUUUUCUUGGGAACACUUCUAUAUCUUGUCGGCUCAGGACUAGCCCUAUUGAUAUACUACACUUGCAAAUCUCCCAAAGCGUGGUUUGGGGGUCUCAUUUCAGUGGGUCUUUUCCCCAAUAUUUCAGAUCUUCCUAUUGCCUACUUACAAACAAUGUCGAACUCCGGUAGUAUUUUCACCCUGGCUGAAGGAGCCAAAGGUGUCGCCUAUGUCUGUAUCUUCUUGGCGUCUCAAGUAUUCUAUCAAUUCAGUUUGGGUUUGUAUAAGUUGGUGAAAUACGACUUUCGAGAUCAGCUUGAAAACCACGAAGAUGCAGAGUCUCAGGUUCAUUCAUCCUCGAAAAAAGACGCGACUACUAAAGAUAGUGGUGAUGAUGUCACGAGCGAUGAAAAGUCAGCGACCAAUAGCACGUCCCCAAGAUACGAAGGGAAUUCCAGACCAGCAUCCCACACUACAUCUGAGUCGUCUGAAAGCGACAAACGUAUUGAGGAAAAUGGCUCUUUAGAAGAUAACAGUGUGUACCCUACUCGGGUACAGUCUGCACCUAUAGAAGAUGAUGUGUCCAGCUUGAGCUCUUCUGCCAUUUCGCGGUCUAUCACUCUGACAUCUGAAGGCGAACAACAACUUCAAAGAAGGGGGACCACGGGCUCAGUUAAUACAAACUAUUAUUCCUUGAAUCCAAUCACGUCACGAAGUAUUGACCUCCGGAAGAUGAAAUCGCAAGAUAUGCAAGAUGUUAUCAACGAAUACUCCGAGUUUGAUCGACUUAAAAGUGACGAAGUCAAGAGAGUUGUAUCACUAACCAGUGAUUUGGGAGUUGAAGAGGUAAAAAAGGAUGAUACUGAGAAGCCUGUCACAUUCUGGGAAAAAUUCAAAAGGGGGACAAUAUCAAUGCUCAUGAAUUUUAGAGCUCCAAACUCUCUAUCUUUAAUUAUUUCCAUCAUCAUUGCGAUGUCUCCACCAUUAAAGGCGUUAUUCGUCAAGACCAGCUUCUACAUGCCUCAUGCACCUGAUUUGAAUCCUCCGCUUUCCUUUAUCAUGGAUUUAACUAGUUAUGUUGGUGCAGCUUCAGUCCCAUUAGGAUUGUUACUUUUGGGUGCAACUAUCGCACGUUUGAAAGUUAAUGCCAUUAUCCCAGGUUUCUGGAAGACUGUCGUGGCAAUUACCGCAGCAAGAUUGAUUAUCAUGCCCAUUUUUGGCGUUGGCUUAACAACCGGUAUUAAUAACGGAGGAUGGUUCCUGAAUGACAAGGUAUUGCGGUUUGUGAGUGUGUUGGAGUUUGGGCUUCCCAAUGCAACUGCAUUGGUUUAUUUUACUGCAUUUUACACCGAUCCACAGGCUGAGGAUCAUUUGCAAAUGGACUGCUUGGCCCUUUGUUUAAUUGCUCAGUACUCCAUUUUAUUCAUAACCUUGCCAUUUUUGGUUACUUUCUCUCUAAAAGUUUCUUUGGGUUUAUAG